AUGUCUUCUUCUACUCAAGGUUGCAGAGAAACGGGAUGGGAGAAGCAAAAAAAGAGGAGCAUCGACAGAGAAUUAGCGGUGAGCUAUUCUUACCUAGCAAUGUUAACCAUGUCUCUAAUUGCAUCUCCUCUGUUCAUUUGUUCUAAGGCUUCUCAACAAAUUAUUGUUGUUGUCGAAGGUAUUUCUAGCACGGAAGGUAUUCACACUGUGAACUCCUAG